CGACGCGAGUGGAGAGCAAGACAGCGCGUCGCUUGUAACAUUUUACCAUCGGCAAUCGUUUCGUUUUCUGGUGGCGGCAGUGCGUCGGAGGAUAAAGUCUUGUCCACGACGAGUGCAGCGAGAAAGCAUGAUUUUUAGUGUCAGCUGAAGAGGCGUCGAUAAUGCUGCUGUGUCCUGCCGUUCCAGCGAUUCAUCAAUGAUCGGUUGAUUUGGCACGAUGAUAGGUGCGAACUUGCGCUUCGGCAUCGGAGCAUCGGGCAAUGUCACGUCGAAUGCGACCAAGGUGUUCCAGUGCCACCCUGGCGGAGUGGCCGAGGCAGUUGUCAUAUUCAGCCUGGGUGCUAUGGGCAUGGGUGCCAACAUCAUACUCAUGGCUCUUAUUAUCUGCAAACGAUCGCUCAGAAGGUGGUCGCAAGGGCUGCUGUUUCACCAAGCGAUGGUCGACUGCGCGCGAGCGGCAAUCCUGCUGCCGCUCGGCUCGAGCAUUCUCAAUUGCCAGCCGGUGAACAAGUGCUCCCUCGUGGAGACGGCCUUUCUGCUGCUCGUCACCGUGUCUACGGUCAAUAUGCUCACCACAGUGCUCAACGACAGUCCCGUCUUCGCCGACGAGGCGGAGGACGAGUCCGAGACUGCUGCGCCUAUACUCAUGGAUUCGCCACAGUGCGUGGUGUUCGGCACUUUUAUGAUUUGGUUCGCCAGUAUAACGAUAAAUCUUGGGCCGACAUUCCUGAGCGGGGCGCUGGCCGCCAACACGGAAGCCGGUCAGAACGAGCCAAGUUGUCCGCUAGUUCACGGGCCCUUCAGGCACUACAUACUCAAUCUGCUCUGGAUUUUCAUCAACAUUAUUUGCGUGAUGCUCACGCUGUUUCACCUGAGGAAGCUGCACCGAGAUUUGACAAAGCCUAAUGUCGAAGCCGUACGGGUAACGGGCUUGGUGACCACACUGGUGAAUGUGACUGGUGGUCCUGGUGGCAUUGGCGGCAGCAGCGCUGGAGGCACAAAUGGCCUCAACGAGUCUGGUGUCGUCGAUGCGAGGAGGAGCAGUGGCACGCCAAAGAGAGUAGGGGCGAUCGAGGAGCACCGCAAGAUGAGGAAUUACCUGCGGCGCAUCGAGCGCGACGGGGUGCAGAGGGUGAAGAUGUUUCUGGUCAUCACCGCGGCCUAUGUCAUCUUCUGGGGUCCCCUAUUCUUCGUCACGCUCGUGCAUCAUCCGGCUAUCGGCAACACCACUGGUUACGAGGUAACGCUGCACAUAGCCUACGUGCACGCUUUCGUAAAUCCCACGUUGUUCCUUACUCUGCAUCGUGGUCUACGCCAAGGUCUGACGGACGUCUGUUGUGGCUGUUGCGAGAGCUUCGCACGUUGGAUUCUCGGGGCGACGGCUCCUGGCAGUCCGAUGCAACAACCAGCCCGUUACGACCCUGCCACUGGACUUCGGAUACCAUCGGUGGUUGAAUUACCCUACGUUAGCUCGCAAUCCAACAUCGCCACUUCUCACUGCGAUCUCAGUGACGUAGCUAGGCUUAAACCACCACAUCCACCUCAGCCCAAACAUCAUCAUAUGAGCGACGAUCCAUGGAAUAUACCGGCGUCAAGGCCAAAAAGCACGACGAGCCUCUACGAGGAAGAACUGUCACGACGACCGAGUCUCUUGCUGCCACCACCGCCAGAACUCAGCGACUUACGCGCGACAAUCAGUCCGGCGAGCAGCUUAGUCAGCGAGUAAGCAUCCCGAAUGCAACUUACUGCUCUUGACAGUUUUUUACUUCUCUUCCUCUCUAUUCGCGCAAGCGAAGCUGAGCUUCAAUAUGGAAUUGCUGAUAAUGUAUACGCGACGAUUGUAAGUAGUGACUGAAUGGGUUUUUAUUUAUUUGAUUGUUUAUUUAUUUGUUUAUUUAUUUUUUAAUGGAUGAGCGAGUUAUCAAAAAAUACGCGAGAGAUGUGCUAUAUGGCGAUAGAAUGAAAGAAGUCUUGGAUUAUUUUUCUUGAGAGAAAUUUUUGAAUUAAAAUGAUUUCGAUAAUAAUAAUGAAGAGAAAUCCCCUUUACAAAGCUUGACUUUAGAAGUUUGAAGAUUAUGUAUGUAUAAUUUGAUAAAAUGAAAAGAAAUGGAAUGAUUUGAAGCAUACAGUGAAUAAGAUUAAAAUCUUCAAUGAAAAUUACAGGUGUCAAAUUAAGAUAAAAUCUUCGCAUUCAAUAAACUGUUUCAAAUGCCAAUGACUUUCAAUUUGUUUAGAAAUUGAAUUGAAAAAAAUACUUCAUCAAGCAAUCAGUAUUUGGAUUAAAGAUGUGUUCGUAAUAAUUUUUUUUCUCGCCAACACUUUCAUAAGUUCUACGAUCUGAUGUUGUGGUACAUAUCAAGCAAUUAAUAAGUUAUAAUCCUGUACUAACAUUCAAUUUACUUUAUGAACUCUUACAUUAGCACUCGAAAGAUCUAAAAGAUUUUAUCAUUAAAAAUAACUGACUGAACCACAUAUUACACGUUGAUAAAUAGAGCAAACGAUUAUAAAAUCAUUAUUUCAGUACACUUUUUCGUUAACUUAGACGAGUUUCCAAACAUUUGUAAAACUGUAGAGUUAUUCAAUUGUCAUUUUAAACAUUAGGCAAGUUAUUUUAUUUAUUUUUUAUCAAAGUUAUAGUUUUGAGCAUUUUAUAUGAAUUUUUAUAAACUUUCAAGUUGUU